AUGACGAAUAUCAAAUUUUUCAUACUUUGGGGACUGGCAGUAGCAUCUGCGGCCAAGAGCACUCGAAAGAUUGUCGUUGAUGCUUCGGAAGUCGUGGGUACUCUAAAGAACUUGCAAGGUGUCAAUAGUGCUGAUAGCGCAUACAUUGCUCCGGGUGAGUGGAAUCAGGAUACCUUCUACAACAAGGAUCCUGCGAUCGGAGCUCUGUUUCCCGAAUAUGGAAUUGAACAUGUCCUUAUUUACUUGUACACUAAAAUUCUCCCAAAAGAUACCUUUCCCGAUGUCUUCUUGGGGUGGGGUAAGAGCGGAGUUGAUGGCGACCCUAUGGUCAAUGACAACUACAACUGGACUGGGGCCGAUGAUUACGUCCAGUUCGUAACCAGUAAUGGGGCAAAGCCUACCAAUGGGACCAGUGUCAAUGUAUCCUCCCCGGAGAUGCUAAGUCAAAUUGGUUACAUGGUGACUGAUCGCUAUAUGAAUGGAGCUUACGAUUCCGGCUUUUAUAAUGCGAUUGAGCUAUUUGAAUUCUUACCGGAGACAGAUUUAGUGCGGGCAAGCUUUUCGAAUGCGACUUACGAAAGAUACUUUUCUUAUUUCGCGGCCUUUAGCCUCGCUGUGACGAACGCCAGCGACGCUGUUGGUGUUGCUGCAUGGGGUGAUCCCGCUAAUACCAACUACACAGUUUCCGAUCCGUACGUUCGCCGGUUUUACAAUGACUGUCACAACCGCAAUGUUCCUAUCAAGGCUGCGUCAUUCCAUUUCACGAGCACACAAUUUUCCUUUGACCCAUACGAUAUCAUUCGGGUAACGGAUAAAUUCCGAGCAGAAGUUCUGGUUCCCGCCGGGUUACCAGACCUCCCGAUAUGGGCCACAGAAUUUGAACCUGCGCCAUUCCCAGUUUUGCCCACGUCAACAAAAGCGCUCGAAGCCUUCAAUGAUCCAGCGUUUUUCGCGAGUUUCACCCUCGGUGUGUCGAUGUUUGCCCAAGACACGUCCGUCGAUCAAGUCCUCCCGUGGCCUGGAUUUGGUUAUAAUGGAACUGGAGCCGGUGACCAACCUUUCAAAGGCUUCUUCAAUCGAAGCUCAUCCGGUCCAAUCCCUCUCAACGUGGCGAAGGCAUGGUUCCUACAGGGAAAGCUUGUCAGCGAUACCAAAAAUCGCGUGAAUGUCUUCGGAAGCUCAGAAGACGGAUUUGCUGCCCUUGCAGGAAUUUCGGAUGAUCGUACGAAAGUGCAGACCCUACUUAACAAUUAUCAGUUUUAUUUUGACAUUGCCACCGAGAUCACAACACAGAUGAUUCCUAUAUUUAACACGUCUGCUUCAGCCUCUCCACUGCUUCAGGAUAAUGGGCUUUUGAAUGGGGAAUCCACUUGCUUUAUCAGUGGCGCAUGCAUGACAUUCCCCAAGGCCACAGUGCGCAAUAACACCAGUAUCGCAUAUCUUCUCCAGAUAACUGGACUCCCGUGGCAAGAAACCGAUACAUAUGAGCUCCAAGUCCAGAGAGUUGCCAAUGGGGUCACUAACUCGACAUACCUAACGAAAAAUGGAAAGGGCAACAAUAUUAACUUCACUGUUUCGUUUCCUCCCAACGCACAGGAUCUCGUCAUUGUGCAGAAGUUGAGUGGCUGA